AUGUCAUUUGUAGCAAAUUACGCAGAGAGAGCUAUCCAGAACAUCAAAAACAGGAUGUACAGGAUGUUUACACAUGCGCAGAGUUACCAGUAUCUCGACAAAUUAGAGUCACUCACAAAAGACAUCAACGACACUCCAUCUAUAUCUCUGGGAAAUAUAGCACCUUCAGACGUUAAAAAAAGAAACGAGGACGAAAUAAGACUCAAUGCCUAUAUGGUUAGGACAAAAACCACUUUGCGAUCGAAAAAGACGGCUAAAUCUGCCGAAAAAAAGGGGAGAAGGUCGAGGAGGAAAAACCCCUACAAGUACAAGGUAGACGAUAGAGUCAGAAUAACACACGUCAAACACACAUUUCAGAGGGAAUAUGAUCAAAAAUGGACUGGGGAGAUAUGUAUCAUCACGGAUCGCACGACUCGAGAUGGAAUUCCGAUAUACAGACUAAAGGAUUUCGAAGGAGAGAAGAUCACGGGAACGUUCUAUGAACAGGAAUUGCAGAAGGUGAACGUGGCGGAAAAUACCGUAUGGAAGGUAGAUAAAAUCUUGAAGGAAAGAAAGGUGAUGGGUAAAACCGAAGUACUUGUGUCUUGGCUGCAGUCUUAUGCCUCCAGGAACACAAAACCUGACGACAUUGAUGAAUCACUGAAAUCUGGCCCGUCUUCUGUGGGAAAACAUCUACUAGAAUCUGAAGAAUUGAAUAUUCCCGCGUUUCGCUAA